CAUUAGAUGGUUCGGCAAUUUUGGAGUCGAUAUAAGGUCGUCAUCAUCUUCCCAACGCUUUCGCUCGGAUCCAUUUUGGCCGACUACACCUACACCCAGCGGUGGAAAAAGGAGCAGAGCAAACUCCAACAAUCUUAAGCCGGCGAACGAUAUUAGAGUAAAGCAUGGUUCUCGGACUUAGUCGUCAGUACUUGUGGACGGUCGUUCCACUGCUUGGCUUCUGGUUUGGAUCGUUUCUCGACGACAAGGAAACGGAACGGAUGACCAUGUUCCGCGACAAAAGUGCCCUGUACGGGCGCACAUUGAAGGAGGGUGAGAAACCUUCCUGGCCCUAGGAUUUCUUGGCAACAAAGAACCGCUAAGAGGCCGUCAAUUUGUUAGUAAUGGGAAUAAACUAAGUUUUUGCUUUA